AUGCUUUCAUCAAAUGAAACGAGUAGUUGUAUAAACACAGGAGAUACAACAUGGGUUUUAAUAUCAUCAAUCUUAGUUCUAUCAAUGAUGCCAGCUUUAGCGUUUUUUGAAGCUGGUUUAUUAAAAAGCAUCAACACAGUUUCAUUAGUCACUCAAAUCAUUGGUGGAACAUCAAUUUUGUCCGUAAUGUGGCAUUUAAUUGGUUAUACAUUAGUUUUUGGACAUACAUAUGCAGGUGUGAUUGGAAGUUUUAGUAAUAUUUUAAUGUUAGAUGUUCCAUAUGAUGAUUGUAGUCGACAUUCGCCAAAUAUUCCUGCUGCUUUAUUUGGAUUUUUCGAAAUGAUGUUUGCGGCUAUUUCACCUUUGUUGAUUACAGGUGCAUUUGCUGAAAGACUUUGUUAUAAAGCAUUUAUUCUAUUUAUUAUUGGUUGGGAAUUGUUUAUUUAUUAUCCAGUUGCACAUUGGAUUUGGGGAGAUGGAUGGUUAAAUAAAAAUUUUGAAGUUCAAGAUUUUGCAGGUGGAAUAGUCAUUCAUACAACAUCAGGUGUUUCGGCAUUGAUUUGUGGAGUUAUUUUAGGACAACGAAAAGAUUUCGAUAAAUACAAUGGUGAAUUUCCUCCAUCAAAUUUACCUUUAGCUGCACUUGGCGGUGCUUUAUUAUGGACAUCUUGGUUUGGAUUUAAUGCGGGUAGUGCUCUUCAAAGUGGUGCUUUGGCUGUUUCAACUGUUGUUACAACACAACGAGCUGCAGUGACAAGUGGUGUCGUUUGGCUCAUUAUUUCAUGGAUAAGACAUAAACCAUCAGCUACAGCUGUUCUUAAUGGUGUUAUUGCCGGUUUAGCGGGUAUUACACCUGCAUCGGGAUAUAUUGAUCCACAAUAUGGAGCUGUUAUUGGAGUUAUCUUAGGUUUCGCUUCAUAUCUGAGUAUUUUUCUUUUCAAACAUAAAUUACGUAUUGAUGAUGCAUUAGAUGUUUCAAGUGUUCAUGGUAUAACAGGAAUUGUUGGUUCAUUGGCAAUUGGAUUUUUUGGCCAAAAAUCCUUUAAUGAAGAUGGACGUGAUGGAUUAUUUUUUGGUUCUCAUAGUCCUUAUUUACUUGGUGUACAAGCAAUGGCUGUUGUUGUUACAGGUUCAUGGUCAGCUAUUAUUACAAUUAUUUUAUUAAAAUUAAUUGAUAAAUCAGUUGGAUUAAAAGUUUCAUUUGAUGAUGAAAUCGGUUUAGAUGAAGGAGAACAUGGUGAACAAGCGUAUGAAUGGAGAAAUUCAAUUAUUGAACCACAAAUAACUGAACAACAAAUUCAUUCUAUUAUUCGUGGUUCUGUUUCACAUCACAUUCAACAAGAACAAAGAAGAUUAUCAUUGAUUGCACCGCCAACGAUGACAAAUCCUUCGUUAAAUCGAAGAAUUAAUGUUGUUCAUCAAACUUCAAAAUUAGAAGAAACUUUAUAG